GUCUUCACACUGUUUGAGCAAGAUGACGUCGAGCAGAAAUGUGUCUCUGUCAGAAAGUGUGUGUGAGCUCCAGCAGUAGUGAUCCAUCAGGGCUUCUGUGUGUCUGAAUGAACUUUUUCCUGAAUGUUUUUUAUCUGACUCAUCACCCGGUAGCCUGCAAAUCUAUUGGAGUUAGCUUAGCAUGCUAGCUAGAAACAGACUGAUGGGGACGGAAGUUAGCAUCAAAGCGCCUGUCAGAGUGACUGAUGGAGAGCAAACAGUGUUUGGAUGUGGAGACAAAGUCUAAAAUGUCUAAAGCCCAAAUGCUGAGAGCGUUGGUGAAGCAGCGACUAACUGCGGCUGCUGAAGAGAUAUUUGGGCUGUUUGAAAGAACGAUAGCAGAGUACGAGGAGGAACUCUCUAGAUCAAAAGAGGAGAACGAGCGACAACGGAAACUACUGGACGCUGUUUUCAGCCCUCAGCUUCAGUUACACAGAGCGGAAGGCCAGCAGCUGUUGGUGGUUAAAGAGGAGGUUCCCCCUGAGCAAGAGUGGAGCUCCAGUCUGGACCAGGAGGACCCAGAGCCCCCACACAUUAAAGAGGAACAGGAGGAACUCUGGAGCAGUCAGGAGGGAGAGCAGCUUCAAGGGCUGGAGGAGGCUGAUAUCAAGUUCACAUUCACUCCUGUCUCUGUGAAGAGCGAAGACGAGGGUGAGGAGAUACCUCAGUCCUCACAGUUUCAUAAGAGACAAACUGAACAGAUGGAAACAGGAGCUGAUGGAGAGGACUGUGGAGGACCAGAACCAGCCAGGGACUCAGAUCCAGAUACACAUUUACAACCAGUUAGUGAAGAUGAUUCUCUGGACUCUUCUGAGACUGAAGUCAGUGCUGAUGAGACCAGAGACCCUCAGUCAGGUUUACAGUCUUUGAAAAACAAUCAAGUUCCUGUCAAUGAUUCAAGAAGUCGCGCUGGUAAGAAACCAUAUAGAUGCUCUGAGUGUGGGAGAAGAUUUCUUAAAAAGGGAAGUCUGAAGCAACACAUGAAAAACCACACAGGAGAUAAACCUUUCAGCUGCCCAGUUUGUGGUAAAAGAUUUUCAGUCAAGUCACGAAAGGUGACACACAUGAGAAUUCAUUCAGGAGAAAAACCUUUCAGCUGCUCUGUCUGUAAGAAGUCAUUUGCAUGGAGUGAAAAUAUACAUGCACACAUGAGAACUCAUACAGGAGAGAAACCUUACAGCUGCUCCAUUUGUGAUAAAAGUUUUAGACAAAAGAUAAAUCUGACCCAGCACAUGACACAUCACACAGGGGAGAAACUGUACAGCUGCAGUGUUUGUAACAAAAGAUUUGCCUGGUCAUCUCAGGUCACAAGACAUAAAUGUGUUGGUCGUCAAACUCAUGAGAACAGAGAGGCAGAGCCUCCAGCCGACAGCUUAACUGAACAGAUAGAAAGAGAAGCUGAUGGAUUGUGGAGGACCAGAACCAGCCAGGAACUCUGAUACAGAUACACAAUUGCAAACAGACACCAUCGACGAGACUGGAGACUUCUGAGACUGAUGGCAGUGAUGACUGGAAAAGGACAGAGAACCUCAAUCAGGUUUAAGCUCCUUAAAAAACAAUGAAGUACCUGUCAGUGACAUGGACUGUAAAACUGGAAAAGAUUUGACCACAAGGGAAACACUGCAGACUAGAGUUCACACAGCAGAGAAACCAUUUAGUUGUUCAGUUUGUGACAAAAGAUUCUCUCAGUUCUAUAAUGUUAAAAAAAAACAUGAGUGUGUUGGUGAGAGCUGCAGUAAUAAAUGAAGCUACAGAGAUGCAAUUGAGACAUUUUUUAGAGCAGGAUUGAGUUCCUGAGGGCAAGACCUGGUUCAACACCAAUUAGCUAAAAACUGACAGACUUAAGGCUGAUACAGAUUCCACAGUAAGUCUUUUAAAAGAAGAUGAAGUUACACAAACAUUUAAAUUUUUGUCAAUUUGCGUCUACGUUAUUUUGACAUUUUUCUGGGGCACUGUGCUUUUUGGUAUUACAUGUCUGAACUGAUUCAACUUGUUUAACAUUGUCUAAAGGGAUUUCAUAUGUCCUGGACAGCUCUGUGGUGUGAGAUAAAUUAUCAGCAGUGCUGAAACUGAUGUAAAAUAUUUAACUUUAUCAUUAUUCAGUAGCUUUUUCUUUACAGUUUGAAGUCAUUACCUCCUUGUUCUUGCUUUACAGUAGAAAUUGAACAUGGUUAGUUUGUGUGUAAGGUAAAGUGGAAUAAAUAUUAAAAUAUAGUGGACACUUACACUGAUAUAGGUUUUAGGUGGCUAAAAUACAUAUUUGCAGCGGCUCUGAGCAAAGCAACAAAGUACAUAAAAUAAGCACAGCAGAACCGUCAGAUGAGUUGGACUGUAGUGUUUACCUAUGCUUCUUUAAAUGUUACAGUUUUGAUUUUGGCUGAAAAUGACAACAGAAAUCAACUCGUUUACCAAUUUGACAUAUCUCUGCAGUUGUAAUCAACUGCUGGUUGUCUACCCGGGAGUGACUGUUGUUAACGUGAUGUCCAAUUAAUUCGGUCUAUUGAAGUACAACCUUAAACUGCAGAAAAUGUGGUGACACUGGCUGAACUUUUUUAUUAAGCAAUACAAACUUAUCCUCUCCAAAACAGUCUCCAAAUCGUAUAUGAGUUUUCGAAAAUGUGAUGGAAGGAAUACUUUGUAUGUGAAAUGGAAAUGGAAAGCAGAACUGAAUGCUAAUCUGUCGGGAGAUGAGUGGCACUCCAUCUGUAGCACGCAGUAAACCUCCACCAGCACAAAAAAUGGAGAGAAUUUGGCUGGAAGAAUAUCAUUAGAUUUUUUUAUCACACCAUGUACAAAAUUCAAGCAAUCAGGUGAACAACAGCACUGCUGGAGACUCUGUGGGCACGUGAAUGCCAAUCACUCACAUAUACUUCGGUCAUGUAUAAAACUUCAAACAUUCUGUGAUAGGAUUAUUCUGAUCCUUGAGAGAGUUACAAGAUCCCAAGGGACCCACGGAUUGUGUACUUAGGAUUAAUACUCGAGGACAUUAUUCAUGAGAAGGACACUUAUCUGUUCAAAAUCCUUAUAGUGGCAUGCAAAAAGGUGCUAGGAACUGGCUAAAACUUGACCCUCCAAGUCCGCGACAGUGGUUGGACGUUGUAAAGGAACUAUAGUCAGGGUAUAUAUAUGGGGUCACAUAAUCACAGAGCAAGUUCAUAAUUAUGUAGGCUUAUUUUCCAUUUUGAUAUGAGUCCAUAACCGGUCCCAAGGAGAUACUCCUUUCUCCUGAUCGCCAUUUAUUCUACUGAGCAUACAUACUUAUUAUACAAUAAGAUGCUAUUUCCACCACCAGAUUAACCUUUUCUUUUUCUAUUCUGGGGCCUUUGUUAUCUUCAGUGUCUUAGAAUAAUUUGACAGACAGUUAUUAGACCCACAAUAAUAACAGAAAAUGCACACUUGGACACGACUGGUAUUUGCGACCAACCCCCAGUAAACACAACUUUGGACUUCAAGGGAUUUCUGAACCAACCACCAACUUAAAAUUUUUAAUACUCUAAUGCACUAAAUUCCUAAAUUCCCAUAUACAGUGCAGGAAAGCUCCUAUUUCACUUUUACAUUUCCAACAGCUAUUGUUAUUUAACAACUUAAUUCUGUAGAGUCGUAAUGGUGUAUGAUAAAAUCUGUGCAGUAUCUUAUGUUGUGUGAGCUUCCCCCUCAUUUCUUUCACAUAUUUAC